AUGGCAGACGACAUCGACGCGCUUCUCGCGCGCGAAUCCGCCUCUCUUAACAAAGACAAAGAAAUCAACCGCAUCCUCGCCUGCUUCCAACUCGACCCCUACUCCAUCCUCGACCUCCUCCCCGGCUGCCCGCCCUCCGACAUCCGCGCCCAGUACCGCCGCAAAUCCCUGCUCAUCCAUCCCGACAAGACCACGAACCCGGACGCGCCCGAGGCGUUUAAUCGGCUUAAGAAAGCGGAGGCCGAGCUUAUGGAUGAGAAGAAGCGCGUGCUGCUGGAUGAGGCCAUCGCUGAUGCCCGUAAACUGCUGAUCAAGGAACGGGGGUGGUCCACGUCCCAUCCGGAUCUGACGACGCCGGAGUUCAUAGCGUCCUGGCGCGAGCGGACGAAGGCGGUGCUGGUCGAAGCCGAACUACGGCGACGACGGAAGGCAAAGCUCGCGAUGAAGGAGGAAGGACGCGAGCGCGAGAAGGAAGAGUCCGAGAUCGAGGAACGGAAACGGAAACGGGAUCAGCAGAAGCUCUGGGAAGACACAAGAGACGACCGCAUAAACAACUGGAGAAACUACUCAAAGACCGCUACAAAGAAAAAGAAGCAAAAGACUUCGGUAUUAGGCUGA